AUGAUGGAAAAAAAAAAUGAUAUUCACUGCAAUGUUCUGGACUUGAAUCCGACCAAUACUUCAUCCAACAAAACAUCAAUAAAUAGUUCAGAGUCCGAAGCUGAGUACACACCACAAAAAAAAAAAAGGACCAUUCAUGAUGAAGUGACACUGAAAGAUAUUUUAAAUGCCAUCAAAGAAAGAGAUGAGAAGUUGGAUAAGCUAACGAAAGAUGUAGAAAUUCUUAAAUCAAGUGAUCAAGGUCCAUCAGUUCGUCGACCUAUUUAUUCUGCAUCCAAUGAGAUCAAAAAUAUAACUUAUGCAGUAGACUUGGAGGAAGGAGGAUUUACAGAGGGUCUUAUUGAGAUUGGAAAUGUUGGUUCAAACAUAACAGUCACUGACAUGCAGUGGUCCACUGCGAUAUCUCGAGGUUCAUACAAAUUUAUGAGUACAUCGUUGAUGAUGAGCUUAUUUCCACUUGAAGUUUUAUUAAAAAGUAAUUAUAAAGGCGGAGAAUCAAAAUUUAAAAAUAAAGAUGGAACAAAACCACAAAAGCUCAAUGCACUUGACGAACGCAUAGUCAACGCAAUUUUAUACUCAGUUCAACGUAAAUUUAGAAAUACAUUUACACUUGUUGGAUUUGGGCAAUCAAUCAACACGAAACUGCAUAAGUUGCGAAUGACUCAUCGUAAUAACAGCGUACAGAAUGGAUCUGAUACUGAAUGAAUUCAUCUUAAACAUUGCAGUGGAAUUUAAUUUGA